AGACAAUUCGUGUCUGGCCAACAGGUAAAACCUGUUUCGUGAGACACGCAAUGCGUCAUCUGAUGCCAAACUUCUCACUUGAUCUUGACGACACGAUUAUACAUUGAAUCAGUUGUAGUCGGGCACACGACUGAACAACAAUUUGCGUUUAAGGUGGUCCCUUAGAAAACUCUUUCACAAUGAACUUGUUUUGGGGAAUGAGGGGUUUUGGCCUUCAGCUAGUGUUGCUGUUUCGAACCAUUGCGGACGUGCAAAUGCAAUCAUUCUACGAUGUUCCUCCAUCGGAAUACAUUGAUCGUACUUCAAUGAAGGACUUUGCAAAACGAUUAUAUUCGGAUGUUACAUGAUUACACCGGCUUCUACGGUGCAUUUGGUGGCUUUAGAGCUCUUCGCGGCGAGUUCCAGCAUAUGGUGGCGAUCGGCUGGACGCGUGCCAGUGGUAAAAUUGAUUACCUCUGCGGUGGCACCUUGAUCAGCAAACAGUUCGUAUUGACUGCGGCACACUGUGCCCGGAUGGAGACGCUGUUGGAGAAAUACGAGAAAUCGGAUCAAUUCUGUGCGGCUGGCAGUGGUAUGGACACAUGCGAGGGUGAUUUCGGAGGUCCGAUCGGUGUUAAGCUGUUUAAUGUCGGUGGUGCGUUGAUACCGCUGGUAACUGGUGUAGUUUCGUUCGGAACUCCCUGUACAGCUGGAUCGACCGGGGUGUACAGUAAAGUGAGCGAGUAUGUCGAGUGGAUUCAACGAACGACAAAUCUGUCUUUGGGUUAUAGAGAUUGUACCUUGGAAUCGUUCUGCAUCGGAAGGCCCAAAGAAACUAUAAACGUAGCAUAUAAUACCUUCUACACCAAGAGUCGCUUCGGUCUUUUAUGGAAGGAAUCAGACAGUCCCUCGAACGACUGUGGAGCGACACUGAUCGACUAUCAAUAUCUUCUAACGGCGGCUUCCUGUGUCAAGUCGAGCAAAGGUUAUCCAAAGUUUGUUAUUUCCGAAAGUGGUGAGCGUGCAGCUAUCUCGGAUGUAUUGGAAGAGCAGUUUGAUAAGUUCGUGUUCGUGAUAAUAGGAUCCACUGCUCCACUUGGGAGUACUCAUCACUACUGUCCUGUCGAACCGCUCUCAUUCGCAUAUCGACACUCUGGCGGGAUUUAAGCGGUGAGUGAUUGGAAUAACAAGGAUCGCAAUUUCGGCAGGUCUGGUCACUAAAAUGGGUUUGUCAUAUUUUUGUGUAUUUUUCGAAGGUUAUUGAUACGAAGUGAAAUGUAAUGUAGUGAUCUGUUGAGGAACUUUUGUCAUUUUUACUAUAAAAACCAAGUGCUUAUUAAUCCCAAACAAAUUAUUUGUAGCAUAAUUUACAUCGAUCACAAUAACGUUACCGUUAAUAAGGCUCGUAAAACAAUCGAUAUGAUAAAACGUUUUUCAAUCCGCAUAUCCGACCCUCUGUGUUUAAAAGGGUUAUAUUGUUCGUUAGUAAGACCUAUUUUGGAAUAUACUGUGUUGUUGUUUGAUGUCCCAGCCCAUAUACAUCCAUUGACCGCAUAGAAAGAGUGUAGAGAUCAUUUACUCGGUAUAUUGUCAGCAAAAUGCCCGGCUAGACGUCAGAUACCCUACCGAACUAUGAGCAAAGAUGCCAUCUGUUGGGUCUGAACUCAUUGGAGAAACGCCGUCACAUUUCCCAAAUAAUGUUUGUUGCUUCGCUCAUAUCUAAUGCGGUGGAUUCAUAAACCAUUCUUUCAUCCCUGCAUUUCUAUGUUCCAACCCGUUCCUUACGUCCUCGUGCUCUAAAUGAUCCUUUAUUACGUGCUGUGAGAUUGUAUAAUUCCUGCGCCCACUUGUUUGACCAUCCUUCCGAUUCAUCCUCCGAGCGAAUAUUUAAUACGUUUAGUUAAUAUAGUAUGUUGUUAAGUGUUGUUUUGGUGCGGAAAAGCACACCAAAAUAAAGAGGAAAAUGAUCGCUGUUCCGAUCACUUCCGAAUGGCGGUGCGGCUUUGCCGUAGUCGCCAUAUAUUGAAAUAACGCA